ACGACGACGGGAGGAAGCGUAGAAGAAGAAGAAACAGGAAGAAGAAGCAGGAAGAAGAGAAAAACACCGGUUCUAUGAAUGUUCCCCUAGCAGAUGGAGGGGAGCGCUAGAAAACUCAGAGACAACGCGGCUGACUGGCACAACCUGAUGGUCCGGUGGGACAAACUGAACGAGGACGGCUUCGGCAUCGCGACAAAGAUUGUCAACAUGAGGCGUGUUCAAAGUGAUCAGCUGCUGGAGGUAACGUCUUCACCUUCCCAGUCUCCAUCUUUACCGUCGGCCGCAUGGCAGCAAACUUCAGAGCUGCAGGAGGAAUGCUGCAAGCUGCAACAAGUCAUCGACAAAAUGGCCGCCAUCGUGUCCAAGAUGGAGCGUCUGUUUUCGUCACAGCGGGGCAUUCAGCAGCUGGAGGAGUUCCAGUUCGGUCCCGGGGGGAGAAAGUCCCCCCUCUGUCACAGCUGGACCACUGCAGAAUUCGUGGAGUCUGCCCGUGUCCUGUUGGCCGCCUUCGGUCAGGAGCUGAAGCUGAAGCAGACGAUCGGGCAGGAAGUGGCCCACACCACCAGCCCUGACCUGUCCCUGGUCUACCUGUCCUCCUGGCUCCACCAGCCCUACGUCCCCCCCAAGACCAGACUGACCCUGGAAGCCCUGCUGAUGGAGACCGGGCACCGCCCGUUAUGAUGUCCAGGUAUCACCAAGAAAAGUGACCGAACAUGUCUGGUUUCAUUACCAGCACCUGAAAUCGAUGGGUUCUUUUUUUUUUACACUAGUUGACUUGAAAUAAAUCCUUUUACGUAAAACGUUCA